AUGGAUGAUGAUCGUUCUCGCCUUCGGACUGAGUCGACCGCCCUGGCUGUUCGAGUGCGAAGCUCUAAUCGACCAAGACCUGGGCCGUCUAGCCUGACAUCUCCUCAGUUUACCACAAGCCAGCAUGACGAUCUACAAGAUCAACAAGAUGACCUCUUGGAGCGACUGGCUGGUCACUAUACUACCUUUGAAGCUCAUGACUUACUUGUCAAGGCUUUCGAGAAAACAGUCACAGGCAAUCUCUCUGCCAGUUUCAAAGACGGAAUCAGACUCGCCGAAGUCAUUGAAGAUGCUAUCAAACCAAAGAUUGGUAUCGCCUUUCUAGCUGGCGCGGAUACCCCUCAAGUGACACAGAUGGAACAAAUUCAGAUGUCGCAGAAAGAACCUGAUCAAAAGGACGCAUCUUGGCGAGUCAAUACUGCUGGGGCGCUUCUCAAGAAUUUCGAUGUUGACAAGUCUAUGUCUAUCAUUGCCACUGACAAUACUCCAGCUGUGAUUGCUGCUGCACGCCAACGCAUGAAUGCAACAGGACCUUUUACUGAUCCCAAUGCUUCCUCUAAUCAACGUGCGCUAGCACUCCGACGUCACCAAGAUCGAAUCGUCACAAUCGACAGUGACAACGUCAAGAUUGUCAACGUCUUGUCGUCGGACAAAUGGGAUCUUGAAGGCCUUCUUGUCGAAGUUGAUCAAUCGAGUCUGAUGGCUGUUAUUCUGAAUUACCGGCACAUCAUCAAUCGUGGCGGUUCGAACUUAUCGUGUGGCGAGACGAUCAAGCUGCUUGACAAUAUGAUUGAAGACGCUAGGAGACUCUGCAUUCGGAGUCCUAUUCUCUUCAGAAUGUCUACAAGGCGCCAUAUUAUCUCGUCUAAGAACACGCGGUACGGCGUCGACCACGGGACGAUGUUCCAGACCUUGACCACUAGCAGUGGCAUCAAGAAUAUCAUCUCUCUAAGUGCAGCCUACUUCAACUCGUUGGCCUCUUAUAAUAAGCAAGAGCAACAACUUAUUCGGCCACGAUUUCUUCAGAUGUUGGUCCUGUUACUAUCGCUACUCAACGACGAUGACCUUGGAGAACUUGCAGAAUUUCUCGAGGUCACAUACUCAAUUCAAGCCGAACGACAUCAUAUCGAACUUCUCAUCUUGAAAGUACUUCCUCUCAUGUCGAUCAACUCCAAGAUCUUCCUCAACUCUCUGGUCACCGCGUUCGAUGGACCACUGGUCAACCCUUCUCCUCACCUGUCUGAUCAAUCUUGGAUAUGGAGUGUCUUCCUGCAUCGCAUUCUCAAACACGAAUACAUUCUGCCGGGAACUCUUGAGCAGGUCGGCAAUGAAGACUGUUCAUGGGUUGUCACUUGGCCAGAAAAAGGAUACAAUGAUUCUAGCAUAUUCAAGAACCUGCAAUAUGCCGGGCCUGCAAGGACCAUCAAUGAGAUCCCACCAAUAAAUCUCACGGCCGAAUACAACUCCAAUGAAGUUACCAUCAUCCUCACCAACGGCUGUAGGUAUAUUGUGUCCGUUGAAGAUCUCGAGAACAUCACUCGCAUGACACCGCGACGCUAUGCUGUGGUCGAAGCCACUCCUGAAGGUCGCUCUUAUAACCUGGAUAUAACGGAUGUCCAGGUCAACGAACCCCUGUACAGGGCUAUUUGGGAGAUCAAUACCACACUUAAUGUCGUCAAAAGCAUCCUCCCCGCCAGACCUAAGCAUACCAUGUCGGCGCGCCUUAAUAACAUCUUGGGAGAGAGGCUGCCAAUAUCGCGAAGAUUAAGUCGGGGAGGCAGACCUGAUCAACAGUCUCUCCUUCCCGAAAUCAAAGGUUCUGGUCGUCUGACGUAUCAUGUUGCCUCACUCAAUGAGCAAAUGCUAGCAGUCACUUACAAAGUGGAGGGUCGCAAGAUCACCAGACGAGAGCUGGUUCGCCAUUUGGCGUCCGAUCUCAGCAAGAUGCGCGCUGCUAUCGAGGCUAUCGAGGUAACUGUCCAGCAGACAUUCGAAGAGAAGCGCCUGGAUGAACGACUCCGGCAGACGGUCCAUGGCAUUCGUGCCAAACUUGGUGCAGUGUGGCGGCUCUACAGGUUGGCCGAGGAAAACAAGGAGAAGAUGGAGAGAUACUCUGCCAAACUGAGUGAUGAACCAAUAUCGAAGGUGUUAUAUCCGAUUGGGUCAGAGGAUACACCAAUUGCUAUCUGGAACAACUACAAGGCAUGGCAUGUUGGUGGAGAGGAUGUCUUGUAUGUCGAAGCUCAGCGGCGCACGGUUCACUCUGUGACCUUGAUGAACGACGGUAUGACUAUGGAGGUCACAUUUCACGAACACGAAACCAAAUAUUUCGUCACGCCGCUCAAGCAGCUAGAAGAUGGCGAACACGACGAAGAAAUCAAGCCUGACGAUCGUGUCAUCCUGGCCGGUCAAUAUUUGAUCGUUGUCGAAGCGAAUGGAAUGACUUUCACUCCGAAUGGGCUCAGGAAAGCUGGACCAGGAAACGACAGGAACAACAACGCCCCUAGAUCUGGACCUGUCAGGAACGGCGCUGUCAUGGCAGGGCCGACGCCAACCGAAAGAGGAAGUGGCGCAGGACCAGAAAGGCCGUCUCCCAGGCUGCAGAUGCCACUGGAGAUGAUGCUGAAUUGGUUAAAGAUUACUGGUGUUGAAACACCAAGGCGCAGGAGAAGACAUCCGCAGAUGGACGUUACUCAGAUGGUAAUAAGUGCUAUUCGAUGAGUUUUACGAAAGAUGUCCAACACAGGUAAUAUGAUUACCCUGCUCUGCACAGUACAAAAGAAACAUGCAGGCAUAAGUGGGUUGGGGGAGGUUGAUGACCCAGCCCUCUUGCUUCUUUGAUAUGAUGUGGCCAGAUUGUGUGAUUCUCACUUCUUGAAUCCAAAGGCAUAUGUCAACGCUACCAUAUCAAACCUGUUGGGAACGUCAAGAUGGUUCUGUCUGUCUCAAUACUCUGCAGGAUACGGG